CAACAACUUUGGAAACAGAAUAUUGAUGAUUUCUACAACUUGAAAUCUACAGGUACAUACUUCUGUAGCUUUUUCAUGGGAGUAAAUAUGGCAGUAUCAGCUACUUCAGAUUGUUGUCUUUCACAUUAUCAGAGCACACUGCUUAAUUGUAUGGAACUGUGCAUGUUUAUGAAAGUACUUUCUUAAACCUGUGCUUUAUCUGUAAGGUCAUUCAGCUAUAAAGUGGUUCAAUUGUAACUGUAUGUUUACUCUGCAGUUUCUUGUACACAUGCAGUUGAUUUCUUUUCUAUUUUUUGCAUCUUUCUGCAAAAACACUGCUUUCUACGUCAGUCCCAGGACACAUCACAUAUUCCGUGUGUCUGUUGAAGUUCUCUCCAGCUGUUCAUUAUAGUAUCCAUUAAUUGAUUUUUUUGUUUGCCUUUAUUUUAUGCUUUUCAAAUAACAGUUGUGGUAGAGAUGAUAACACCUUCUCGGAAAGUUGGUUAGAAAACAUUUCACUUGGCCAACCAAAUAAGAUACACCUUUAAUGUUGAAGUAGUUUAAAUAAGAGCACCUGAAGUAUAGAAGUAAGCACACUUUGACAGUUUUAGUGACUCAAUUCACAACAUUCUCAGAAAAUUAAGUGAAAAACAAUCUGAAUACUAAGUAAAGAAGGGACAUUUGUAUCCAGAAGAUUUUAACAGGAAGAGAAUUUAAUAAUAAAAUUGCAGCCCUAACCACAUGGCCUUCUUGCUCUGUGUGUUUGUUUUCUUUUAGAAGCAGUGUAACAUAGAUGACACUUGCCAUAAAGCUCUUCCUACAGAAAAAUAUGCAAGCCCAGCUUAUUUCCAGUGCAUGAUAAUAAUUAAAGCUUCAAUGAGUGAACCUCUGAUAUUUUUUUGGCUAGCAAUUAACCCUAAUCCCUCCUUCUCUCUUAUGCAUUUGGAUCUAAAUAACAAUAGGGAGACUGAAAGCAGUAGGCAUGAGUGGCUCAUUCCCUAACUCUGUGGACUAAAGGCUGGAAUAACCUGACAAAGAAUUCAGGAGAGGGAGGCAAGGUGGUGAGCGGACUGAUCUUAUAAGGGUUAGAAAGGAAAGAGAAGGUCUAUCUUGUGACCAGGCUGAAUUCAGGAUGUUUGUGAUCUUCAUCAUGCGGCUUUCACUGGUGCCAGCAAUGUUUGUAUGGUGCAGAUGUCAGCUAUCGAGUUUUCCAUUUAUUCAGCUCCAUACUUUCCUUUGUUCUGGGGAGUCUGCUGUGUAUAGAGAGUUUAUAGUGUUUUCUUGUAAAGAAGUCUAGUGUUUAGAGUAAGGGUUUACUCGUUGAGACUUAAAGAGUCUAUCUGUGACUCUAUAUUCAUAUGACUCUGGGUAAGACACUCAACCAGUUUUACUUCAGCUUUCCAGCCUGCAGAGCAAUACCAGUCUCAGUGGCCUUAUGUCAGGCUUCAUGCAACUGAGAUACUUGGAUGAAAGCUGUUUUAAUAAGGGAAACCCACUGUGAUUCACAUUCUUAUUAAGUCAUAAAUGCUCUCCAUUUAUUUUGGAUAGAGAAAAGAUGUGGAGGGAUAAAAUUUGCCUGUUAGUCUCAUUUUGCAGAGGCCUCCAUGUUCUGUAAAAAAUUCUCCAGGGCAGUAGAUGGGAACCUGGGUGUGUGAAUCCUGGGUAUCCUUGAGUAGCAGACAUCCUGGGACAGUAACCUAUUAAUACUGAGCAGAGACUGGGAGCAGCAGAGCCAGCAGCAUGCCCCUCCGCACCAUACAGAACCAGCAGAUUACCCAGACUUCGCUGCUGGCUGGGUAUCUCUUUUACCUCCUCCUGGGUGCUGUGGUGUUCCAUCUGCUGGAGAAGCAGUCAGGGAUCCACUUUCGGGACCAGUUUCAGCUGGAGAAGCUCAAGUUCCUGCAGAACUACACAUGCUUGGACAGGCAAGCUCUGGAGUUUGAUCUAAUGGGUUGCUCACCUUUGAUUCUUUCACCUCUUCUGCCUCAGGUCCUUAUGGAAGCAUGGGUAAAAGGGGUCAACCCAGAAGGAAAUUCUACAGAUCCUGGUAACUGGGACUUCAGCAACUCCUUCUUUUUUGCGGGAACAAUCUUGACUAUUGUGGGUUAUGGUACCCUGUCUCCCAGCACAGUGGCAGGGCAGAUCUUUUGUGUGUUCUAUGCCUUGUUCAGAGUGCCCCUCAACCUGGCUUUUCUUAAUCAGCUGGGGAAAGGCCUCAGUGCUCACCUGAUUACCUUGGAAAGACAGAUGCAAAACCCAGGCCAUGCCCAGUUGGUUCAGACGCUGGCAGUGGCCAUCUUCCUGACCACUGGGACCUUGCUUUUUCUAAUAUUCCCAUCACUGGUCUUCAGUUAUGUAGAAGGCUGGAGCUACGGAGAAGGCUUUUACUUCACCUUCAUCACCCUCAGCACCACUGGAUUUGGAGACUAUGUAGCAGGCACAAACCCCAACAAGCACUAUAUCCCAGUGUACAGAAGCCUAACUGCAAUUUGGAUUGGUUUUGGCUUGGCCUGGCUGGCUCAGGUCUUCAACAUGGCGGCUGACUUGAUGGAAAAAUUUCUUCAGCUAAAGUGGUACAAGCCUGACUUAAGCUUGGCAAAAGGAGCCACCACCAAACUGGAAAAUGAACCUGAGCAGCAUAGAGUCCACAUCCCCAGCUGAGCAAGGUACACAGAAAGCAGUCUUAAAAGUAUGUCUUUCAUCUGUAUCUCGCACUAAGCAAGCCAUGUGGAUAAAGGACUAAACCACAAGUUGUAGACUGUUUCCUAAAGAGCAGAUUUCCUAAGGAGGAAAUUUCAGAUGCAUUGAAAUUUUCACACACUGUGUAGGUAUCAGCCAAUUAAACCUCCAAAGAAGUAGCAUACAUGGUCAAACAACUUUCCUGGGAUUCAUUUCACACUUUUCGCUCAAGACAGCUUCCUCUGAAGUAAUCAGUUAUUAUCCUUUCUCUUUCUCUAGUGGAAUUCAGUUCUUAUGGUCAUUUGUUUUCAAAUAAAUCCAGAGUGACUGCCUCCCAGCUCCAACGAGAAGUCAUGUCACCAAGAACGGAAGUGAAAAAAGUCAGGUACAGAAAUCUUUCUUCAUUUCCAAUCAUAAACCAAACAAAACCACAGAGGAAUAUCAGCAGUAAUGACCACCUGCUAAAUGACAUUCAUCCAAUUAAGAUUCAUUUGAUACUGUAUGAAAUUAACAGCUUUCAUAUAAAAUGAUAAAAUUUCUUUAGUUUCUGGGCUAAAAUGCUUCUCUCUUAAAUUGUGCAGAAAUCAUGUGUCUAUCCAGCACUGCCUAGACUGUUACAAUCCAUUUUGGAGCGAACUGACAGCUCAGUGCAGGUCCUUAUCCUUGCUGCAGUUCAUUUCACAGCCACUUAACAACAGUACUUUAAAUCUAAAUGCAAGCAGACUUCCUUUAUUUCCAGCCAGAUCACAAAUAUUAUUAGAGUCUGGCAUUUGCUUUGGGACAGCUCAUUAUGGAGGUAUCAUGCAUGGAGAUUUGAUGCUGUCCAUUUACCUCUAAAUAAGGCUGAUGAUAGGCUUUUGUGUUAAAUCUGGUCUUCAGCCAUGCGCAAAGAGUCAACCAUGAGAAAUGGAGUCUGGAUUUGUCACAUCUAUUGUAAGCUGAACAUAGCAGCAGCCAUCCCCAAAGAAGCAGUAAAGCCAAAGAAGGACACAUAAACACCUUAUAAGCAGGCCAGUCACUGAGAUAUAAAACUGUAGUCAUACUAUGUAUUAAACUCUAGAAACUUGAUAAAGCAAUUAAGCAUUCAUUGAGUACCAUGCUAGGUAGUUUAUAACCAUCACUUACAUAUUCCAUGGCUUGUAAUUAUGUACAUACUGCCAUUUAUUAUGUAUGUUUAUAACUCACAGUAACCAUCAGUUAAUCCUUUUAAACUCAUUUAUAACCGGAACCUUGUGACUGAAUUACUACUAGGCAAUGUAGCAAGCUAGCCUGUGGCUGACAGGCUACAGUAACAUCUCAUGCCAGCCUUUCAGCAACCACUUUGGUAUUUCAUUUUGGGGAAGUACACAUAAAACAUGUAGACAGGUAUAGGUCACAAAUCUCACAUACUUUCUUGCUUCUGAGGAUGGUCACAACAGCAGCUUGUUCUUACACCUGACUUGAUGCUCACCUUCUUUGCUAGUUGCUGACUCCUGCAUAGCGCAGUAUGCCAGCUAUGGUUUGUUCAACUCAACUCAAAAUUGAGUUUUCAAAUACAUAUCCCAUCUAAGAUUUUCCAGUCUUACCACUGGCUACCUCACAGAUUUUAUCUGUUUUUGCACUGAUCUUCCAUUAUGCCCUCAACUAUUCCCAUAAAUUUAUGCAAUGGCUUUGUUUGUAGCUGCUUUCACUAAGAGUAGCCAACUCUCUCCUGUCUGGCUUUUUGUAUCUUUGCAAAUUUCAUGGGAAACUUUCUCAGUAUUCUCUAUUCUUCACACAUAAUGUUUGCAUAUGCACUUGUUAACACAUCACCAUCACUGUACUCCGUACCUGCCUUGUGUCAACGUUACAAGACAUUUUAGACUAGUUCAUGUAAAAGACAAAAGUAAAGUUCUACUGACUUUUAUAUCUAACCUGUUCCCUUCUCCUUGCCUUUUUCCAUGCCUUCCUUACUUUAUCUAGCCACAGCCAGCCACAAAACAUGCACUAGUCUGAAGGUGAUGCUAUACAGUAUUUUACACCGUGCUGCAUGUCGUAACAAAUGGUAAUAAAGUUUACAAAAGACGGAAAGUAUGCAUGCACCACUUACUGGCAAAGUGUUUGUUAAGAUCGUUCUUGCUUGGCACCUGACAGCAGGGAGUUCUUAUUGGUUUCACUGCAGUCCAGAAAUUGCUCCUGUACCUGAUACUGACCUUGCAGAGUAGUAGCAUGAUGAGACUAUGCUACUUAAAUCAAGCAUGUGUCCAUGUUGAAACAGAAAAGAGGAAGAUACUGAUUACCUCUCCUGUGUUACACAAGUGAUUGAAAUUUCUUGCUCACUUUGUCAGUUUUUCAAGACCCUGUAAAGAU